UACGACCACCACUCACCCAAACUCACUUACAGCGCAUGCACGUGCUUCAGUAUUUGCUAAGUCGCCGAAGGAGAAGGUGUUAUAACACGGUGGAGAGUAAACAUGAAGUUUGGUUUGUUGGUCCUGUUAUCCUUAACAUCUACGGUAAAGGUUUAUGGAGAAACGUUCGAUGUUCCAACCACGGGAGAUACUACCAUAAGAAUUGAAAGUGUGUGUGCUAAAGCUGUUACUGGUCUUUCCACCAUUACUGUGACGUCAGAUCGUGAUGUUGAUGUAACCAUUGUAUGUAAGAAUAAUUUUUUGGCCAAACCACAAGCUACCGACCACGUUCACUACAAACAGGACAUCGUCAUUAAUCGACUUGAUAAAGAACCAUGUAAAUUCAAUAAAAAAGACAAGUCUAAUGUGUAUACCGUAGAAGUCUUCAUCGGUGAUGUGGACAAGAAUGCCGGGGCUUCAUUACAGAAAAUGAAGCGGGACUUCCUGUUGACGUGUACUUAUGAUGAAAAUGGUAAUUCUGUCACCAGUGUUAAAAAUAUUACUAACGAGUCUGUGCCAUACGUUGAAAUAUCUAAAGAGUUUGGCGGAAAAAUCAAAUCGAACAUUUCUCUGCAAUUGUCCGAAACCAGCGGAAGAGCUGUGACUAGUCCUGUGCCAUUGGGAAAAUCACUAAGAAUUGUUGCUAGAAUUAGCGGACAAGAAUAUGUGAGAGCCAUGUCGUGUGUAGCUUCAAACGGUGUUCUUAAUCAUACCAUAUUAACAGGCGGGUGUGGAGAUGGUAUUGUGUUUUCUAAGAAAUCAGGGUUUAAAACGUUUGGUAAAGUCGUCUAUAGCCCCUAUUUCUCAUCAUUUCGACUUCGUGGAAACCCCACGUUGGUGUUCUCCUGUAAAUUCUCAUCGUGUGAUAAAAAACGUUGUGAUGGGAAUUCGUGUUUAAGAACCAGAACAAAGCGUGAAAUAGAAGGUGAUGAGGGUGAAAUAUUUACAGUCCAUUCUAACAGAUUAACAGUAGAAAAAACCCAAAAGAAACCGGUCAUGAUUAGCAUUGAUGCUAAGAAGAACGCGGAAGAAUAAAAUACGGGUAGUAAGAAAUAAAACCAUUAUUGAAA